UGACGCUGCGAUCGACGAGUGGCCGUGUGACCCGACCGGCCCUUCUCCUCUCUCUCUCUCUCUUCCUCUCUCUAGAACGCGCGCAAGAACACGUACGAGAAGCCUGAUUGGCACCAACCCCCCCAACUUAAUUAGGGGGAGGAGAGGAUUGUCAUCGAAGUCGUUGCGCUCUUUAAUUUGCCGCUGCACGCCGUUGUCAUGGAAGGUGGUGGGUCGGCAGGCGGAGGUGGAGGCGGCGUUCUUUGCGCUGCCCAAGAACCGCGGAGGCAAGAGGAGGAGAAGGCCGGGGCUGCCGCGAGGAGGGGCGCCGGCACCGCCGGCGCUAUGAAGUUCCGCGUGUGCACGCGGGCGCCGCACGGCGUCGGAGCGCUGCUGCUGAUCGGCGGCGCGGCCGUCGUCGGGGCCGCCGUCGUCGCUUGGCGGCACGCUCACCGCCGCGGCAAGGACGGCGCCGAGAACCAGCGCGACCGGCAGCCAGCGAAAGAAGAGGUUUUGGAUGGCGGAGUCGUCGAGGAUGGGAAGGAUCGCGCGUCGGCGCGGGAGAUUGAUCUGUCUGAUGAGAAUUUAAGCGGCGAGAAGACCGAGAUUGGAUCAGAUGGAUUGGACAAUGAAUAUGUUGAGAAUUUUGAUCAGAAUUCAAGCAGGAAACCUGAUGAGAUUACCACGCUCGAUAUGGGCUGUGCAAAUGUGGAGAAGGUUGAUGAGAACUCAAGCAACAAUGACAUCGGGACUGAGAUCGCUCCUAAUGAUAAUAAAGAUGUGGAGGCCUCUGAUCAAAGCACCCUUAGCAUCAUCGGUCCAGGGAUCAUCCUCAGUAAACAUAGUGAUCACAGUGAUGGUGCUCAAGAGGCCGAAUCAAUGGAGAAUACACCAACUGCGCAGCUGAUGAUGCAUCAAGAACAACUCUUAGAUGACAUGAUGACGGAUCCUGUGACAGAAACAGAUGCAAAGCUGGGAGAACAAACAAUCAAGGACAAAAGCGAGUUCGAACAGGACGAAAACAAAGCGCUGGCAGGACUUGUUGAACUUGUCAGCUCACCAGCACUGUUAUCUCUGGUUAAGUCAAUAGAGAAGAAAGAGCCAGAGCUUCCGGGAUGGAACGAGACAGGGAUGAAGACAGAGCAAGACCACACCAAUGGUGAGCUGAAGAAGCAUGACCUGAUCAGCAAAAGAGGAGUAAUGCUGAGAGGAGCCGUCACGACAAUGGAUCGCAGGAGUAUUUCUAUGGCCAUUGUUGCUCUUAUCUUCGUAGUGACCAUUGGAAUAACAAUCAUCGUGCGCUUAUAUGCCCCUCCGCGAGCAACAAAGCAUCAGAUAAACUUGCAGUAAGUUUGCAAGGUGCAAUGGAGUUCUUAAUUUAUGUGAUCAGUACGUGCAAGUGCUGAGGUUUGCAAGUAUCCAUUGAGGUUUCAUGGCUUUAAUGACGCGGAUGAACGGCAAAGGCGGAGUCGAAAUUUACAAGAUGGAAAGGAAUCUACUAUGAAUUAUAAAAGAGUAUGGUUAGCCAGUGUGUAGCAUGAUCCAUAAUGAGAUAGCAAGUUGUGGACGUGUGGUACCAAGAGGCACAGUGAAGUAGGGCAGCAGAUGUAGGGUUUCUUCUGGAGGCUACCUUUUCUUCUGUUUGGUAACUAAGCGCUGAGAACGUAUGAUAGGAAAAUCAUCAAUCACAAGUUGUGCUUAAGAGUUUGUUUUAUUUGAAAUGAAACUCUUCCCUUGCCAUUCUG